UUAUGUAACGCCCCUGAUUAUGUUGGAGAAGUCCAAACUACAGUCCGAGGCGAGACCACGAGAGCAAAGCAGCCAUGUUCCUGUACGCAUGUGCGCUGUUGGUCCUCUACUAUGUCUACCGCUGGUUCCGCGAGCUCAGCACGGUUCCGGAUAAGGGUUCGCGCUACGUCUACAUCACGGGCUGCGACUCAGGCUUUGGACGCCUGCUGGCUCGCACCCUGGACUCGAAAGGGUUCCGCGUCAUCGCCUCAUGCUAUACAGAGACCGGGGAGGAGGAGCUUAGGAAGGCCUGCUCUGAUAGGCUGUCCACCCUGCACCUGGACGUCCGUAGCCAGGACAGCAUCACCAAGGCCGCCCAACUCAUCAAGGACAAGGUUGGAGACAAAGGUCUGUGGGCGGUGGUGAAUAACGCGGGCGUGUCGGUGCCCUCUGGCCAGUGUGAUUGGCUGACGGUGGACGACUACAAGUCCAUGCUGGACGUGAACCUGGUGGGGGUGAUCGCCGUGACGCUGAGCGUCCUGCCGCUCAUCAAGAAGGCUCAGGGGCGCGUCGUCAACAUGUCCUCCAUCUUUGGACGUAUCGCCCCCACCGGCGGGCCCUACUGCGUGUCCAAAUACGGGGUGGAGGGAUUCUGCGACAGCCUCAGGUUGAACAUGCAUGCGUUUGGCGUGAAGGUAGUGUGUAUUGAGCCAGGAUUCUUCAAGACCAACGUGACCGACACAGAGAUACUCAUGAGGAACGUGCAGAACCUCUGGGACAAACUGCCCCAGGACACCAAGGACGACUACGGAGACGACUUUGUAUCUAAAGUCCACCAGGUGAUGCUGGAUAAGUUCAGUAAGCUGCCUGAUGGGGAUCUGAUGAAGGUGGUGGGCUGUAUGGAGCACGGCGUGUCAGCUGUUCACCCCCGUAAGCGCUACUCGCCUGGCUGGGACGCCAAACUCUUCUGGCUGCCUCUCUCGUACAUGCCCACCUGCGUCUUCGACUACCUCAUGCUCAAGGACGCACCCAAACCGGCCAAGGCCGUCAACUAGAUGGACCCUCGAACCAGUCGAAACCCAUCCACCCCUAAACCAGCCGAAACUUAUCCACUAGACACCCCUAACCGCCGUUUUGCGGCCCUUGAGGCCAUUUUAUUGUAAUGCAGCUUCACAUGAAAUAUGACAGUUUGUUAAGAAAUCUUACAAAAUACAUUUGCAAUACAAUUAAGUUAUAUUAAGGGGACCUAGAGGAGGUGGGGUCUGUUUUAAAGUUGGCUUCCUUCAAUAUAGGCCUAAAGUGCAGGGAGAAAUUCUGGUUAGUGUUUAUAGUGCGGCCCUCGGAGGACUUUUACGGCCCUCAGAUGAAUUUGAACUGGCCCCUCGAAUGAAACAGGUUCCCCACCCCUGCUCUAAGCCAACCAAGGUGUCAACUACAUGGACCUCCAAACUACCCAAUAAUACACUAGAUACCUCCAAAACCAAAGCCAAAGAUGUGCUGUACAUUAGACACCCCCCAAACCUUCCAACCAAAUGGCUCAAGGAUCAGAAGGGUUUUCAAAAAUAUCCAUUCAUUCCACAUCCAUUCCAAGGUUUUUAUAUUCCAGCACUGGGAUUUUAAUGUCUUUUGUAAAAUACAAAGUAGUAUACAACCGCUUAUGGUGUAUUCUUGCCUUCUGGGUUUUUUUUGUAGCAACAAUACAGGCCCUGAAUUUGUAUUCAGUAAUUCCAGUGUAUGUUUGUUCACUAUAUGUACGUACCUAGGUAUGUGGCACUACUAGUGUGGCUUUAGUAUGUUGUGUGUAUGUGAGCCUUUUCAUAGAGAUGUUACAUAGAAGUGAGAAAAUUAAAGACAUACUUUGGUAA